AUGGUCUCGACACGCAGCCACCCCACCGCCUUCCCACCGCCCGACCUGACCUCGCCCACCAAAUCGCCAUCAAAGCGCGGCGGCGGCCGCAGCUCGCGCGCCACGUCGACCGCCUCGCCCGCGCCCGGCGGCAACGCCGCCCUAGCCCCACCGCCCACGUCGGCGCCGGCGCCGCCCCCCACCUCCGCCCCGGGCAUCUCCACCGCCUCCAACGCCGCCCUCCUCAGCACCACGAACAAACCCCCCAACAGCACCACCAGCCCUCCCCGCCUCUGGACCCACACCCCCUCGCGCCUCACGCUCGCCUGGCUCGCCCUGUCGCUGCCGCUCGUCGCGUGGGACACGGGCUACGUGCUGCUGCGGCCGCACAGCAUGCCCGGUGGGCGCUUGCACUGGCCCGUUUGGCAGCCGUACGCGCUGUACGGCACCAUCGACCACGUGUACGGGUUCCCGGCGUGGGAGGCGGGCGACGGGUUCGGCGCGGCGCAGGCGACGCUGAACGCGGUGGAGACGGCGCUGUACGCGGCGUAUCUGGGGGUGGUCUGGGCUGCUGGGGCGGGAGCUGGGGGGAGUGCGGCUGGGGUUGGGGCUGGGGCUGGGGGGAAGGGGGAGGUGGGUGUGGGGAAGGGGGAGAAGGCGGCGGCAAGGGUGGUGGUGGGGAGGAGGGCGGCGCAGGCGGUGCUGGUGGCGUUUGCGGCCAGCGUCAUGACGUUGAGUAAGACGGUGUUGUACUGGCUGAAUGAGUAUUGGAACGGCUUUCACAACAUCGGGCACAACGAUGCGGCGAGUUUGUUCUUCUUGUGGAUCGUGCCGAACGGCGCGUGGCUCAUUCUCCCGACUUAUAUGAUUUACGUCUUCGGAAGCGAGAUUAUUCAGGGCUUGGAAGCCGCUGGUUCGGCGGCGGCGUCGGUCAAGAAGUCACAGUAG